UUGAGUUCGUUUGCAUUUAGUAGCUAUCGGUGUAUUGACGAUUGAAGACGUUGUUAAUUUUAAAUUCUUUAAAUUCAAUAAAACUCUAGACUAAAUAUUUUAGUUAGAGGCACAUAAAUCGCAGGCGUCAAAGUGAUUGGAAGGAUAAGUUAGAUAUAUUUCAGAUUAAAACUAAUUGACGCAUUGAUUCAAACACAACCGUAGUUAUGGGCGACGCAGAGACACUAAAAAGUUUUUCAGGCAUUAACCUCAAAGUUGCCACCAGCUACACUUCGACUUCACUCACUGAACCGGUUAAGCUGCGCAUUGACACAACGGACAGUGCAUCGAUCGCACCACAAACUAUACCGCAAUUUUUCCAUGAAGUCUGCCAAAAGUAUGCAAAGUUACCAGCGUUGGUCUACGCCAACGAAUCAAAUGAGAGUCUACAAGCUGGGCGAAUGGUUACCUACGCAGAAUAUGCGCAAAAUGUGGAGCAGGUUGCGCUUGCGCUGAUGCAUGUUGGUCUGCGGCCGCGCACCACAGUCGGCAUACUCGCCUUCAAUUGUCCGGAAUGGUUUUACACUGAGUUGGGCGCUUUGCGCGCAGGCGGCAUUGUUACCGGCAUAUAUUUAACCAGCUCGCCGGAAGCGGUGCGUCAUGCGCUCGCAACGGCGGAAGCGACCGUUUGUGUGGUGGACGACGCAAAGCAGAUGGCAAAGGUACGCGAGGUCAAAGCGAGUUUACCACAGUUGCGCGCCGUUAUUCAGCUGUUUGGUCCGUUCGAGGAGUUUGUGGGCCGGGAUGAAGGGUAUUACCGUUGGUCCGAUUUGAUGGCUCUGACAUUCGAUGCACAGUUAAAGGCGGAACUAAUUGAGCGCGAACGAGAAAUAGUCGCGAAUGAGUGCGCCCUGCUAGUUUUCACGUCUGGCACCGUUGGAUUGCCGAAAGCAGUUAUGCUGUCUCAUGACAACAUUAUUGGAAAUGUGAAAUCGUCUCCCUUCCAUAAAGAUUUCGUGGAAGGCGCCGAAGUAACUGUGAGCUUUUUGCCUCUGAGUCACGUCGUUGCACAAAUGGUCGACAUCAUGCUUAGUGCCAAUGAUGGAGGCUGCGUUUACUUUGCAGAUAAAGACGCGCUGCGUGGAAGCUUGGUGAAGACGUUGACUGUAGCGCGCCCCACAAGGUUCUUCGCUGUACCGCGAGUUUUCGAAAAAAUGAAAGAGCGACUGCAGCAGGUCGAAGCAGAGUCGUCUUGGCUCACACAAAAAAUGAUGAAGUACGCACGAUGGGCAACGCUGCAGAGUUACCUAGAGCAAGCAGGAAGGCACAAACCGGAAGGUUCUUUCAAGUAUUGGUUAGCAUCUUUCUUAACGCACCAGAUUAAAGCCGCCCUAGGCAUGGAUCGCUGUAAACAUGUAACCGUCGGUGGUGCACCAGUUCCCAUCGAACUGAAGAAAUUUUUUACUAGCAUAGAUCUACCCAUCAUUGAGGGCUAUGGACUCUCCGAAACUACUGGUUGCUCAACGGUAUCUUUGGAGUCACGGCAGCUUUGUGGCUCUGGAAAACCCUACCCUGGCAUAGAAGUAAAAAUCGCAAAGACCGACAUGGAAGAUCAGGGCGAGAUCUGCUUCCGUGGUCGCUAUGUGUUUAUGGGUUAUUUGAAUGCACCACAAGAAACAAAGAAUGCAAUUGACGAAGACGGCUGGUUCCACACCGGCGAUCUUGGUUAUCUCAACGAGUCUGGCGAAGUUGUAUUAUCGGGCCGCUUGAAGGAGCUGGUUGUGACUGCGGGUGGUGAGAAUAUACCACCGGUGCAUGUGGAAAAUCUCGUAAAAAAAGAAUUACCCUGUGUCAGCAACGCCAUACUUGUUGGCGAUAAACGAAAGUAUCUCACUAUACUCCUGACAAUUAAGACGGAUAUGGAUGUUAACUCCGGCAUGCCUUUGGACACUUUGCAACCAGCUGCCAUUGAGUGGCUUAAAUCACUAGGCUUCGACUACACACGUCUCUCCGAAGUUUUGCGUAUACCCGAGAACUUGCAAGACUUCAACGCAACAACAGUGGAGGUCCACCCAGAUCCAAAAGUGGUGGCUGCCAUAAAUAAGGGUAUUGAGCGUGCAAACGAAAAGUCCUUGUCUCGUGCUCAGAAAGUGCAGAAGUUUGCGCUUUUGCCACACGAUUUAUCAAUACCCACUGGAGAAUUGGGACCAACAUUGAAGUCGCGCCGUAAUAUUAUUUUACAAAAGUAUGCUAAAGUUAUCGAUCGUCUUUAUGAAUAAAAAUAAAACUUAAGUGGUAUCAUGAA